UUUUGGUUCCCCGAGGCACAGUUUGGCUGUGCCCCGGGGGUGGUCCGUACCAAGGUCGGGUACACGGGCGGAAGCAAGAAGUUUCCCACCUACUACAGCCUUGGGGACCAUACAGAAACCGUGCAGAUUGAGUUUGACCGAACCAAAACCAGCUACGAGAAGUUGCUGAGGAAGUUCUGGGCGAACCAUGACAGCACAACUUGCCACAAGAACCAGUACAUGUCAGCUAUAUUCUACCAUGGCGAGAAGCAGAAGGAAGUCGCUGAGAGCACCAGGGAUGAACAUCAAAAGACUGUCAAGAGACAGAUCCAGACAAAGAUCAAGCCAGCAGAGACAUUCUAUGAUGCAGAAGACUACCACCAGAAGUACAUGCUCCGUCAGCAUCGCAGCCUGUUCCAGAGCCUCAUCUUCAAGCCCAACGAGGAGGUCUCCUCCCACACUGCAGCACGCCUUAACGGAUACCUCGGCGGCUUCGGCAAGCUCAAGGAUUUUGAGGCCGAGCUGGAGUCCCUGGGUCUUUCCGAUGAACAGGAGCAGUAUGUCCGUGCUAAAGUCAAAGGUGGUGGCCUCAAUUAGAACCGAGGACCUUCUAGUAAGGCUCCUACAUGGAAUGGACUUUGAUACAUUGGUGUCCCACGUAUCAUGUUCACCACCUUAGGAUGAAGGAAGAAAGACAUAGCUUCUUUUUUUUGGUGAUAUUAAUCAAAUAUGGUGUGAUUUAUAUAUAUUUGUCAGAGUUUCCUUACUGAUUUGUCAAUACGAUUUGAUAAUUUCCAAUGAUCUUGAAGUUAUACAUGCAAUUGUUUCAUUUAGGGCUAGAAAAAGAAUGUCAAUAUUGGUGCAUCAAUUCAAUAUCCCUAGGGCUUGAUUCUUUCAUGUAUGCUCUGAUGAAUCUAAAAUCCAAUGGGGUUUCCCAAUCAUUUAUUUUCAUAUGAAUUUUUUUAAGUACCAUCAUGCCAGCAACAAAAUAUGCCGACAGUUUUGAUUUGAUAUAUGCAUGCAUAUCAUUUUCACUGUAUCUACUUCCUGGUUUCCCCAAGAGUUAUAUGUACCAUUAUGCACUGAAUAUGUGUGUCGGAUGAUUUGUGAGUUGUGUCCUUGCCAAGUUUAUUCCCAUAUUUCUCUUGUGUUUGGUUACAAGGGCUACACCAUCCUGAAAUGAAUAUGGCUUUAGUUACUAGUAAACAUAAAAAGUUUCAUCCUAAAUGGAUGAAAUGAUGAACUUACCGCAGUUUUGAGUUACAAAGUGCGUUAUUCAGGUGAAACAGCUGUUUGCUUGUCAUUAUAUACCAUAUGAAACGAGUCAGCUGAUGAUAUCAUCUGCUUACCAAUUGUUUUAUGUUUUUCCGUGAAAUCAAAAUUACUACCAUCAGAGAAACAAAAUAAUUGCAAUUAUUUCUCAAGAAUUUCUAUUACUGAAUUGGCCCCUUAUUCUGUAUGUAAGGUAAUCAUUUGUAAAAUACUUGUGGAAUAUUUUCUACAUGUACGAAAAAAGGAAAUUAUUAAGAGGUUUACUGCAGUAAAAUGAAUAAAAUACAAGUAUACCAUAUGCAAAUGUGAAUGAAAUUGCAUCAAUAAAGAGACUAUAUGAAUUGUUGCCAAUCUACAGAGUUUAUUGUCUGAGUACAAAUCAGUAUACUGUUCUUGCACUCAAAUUAUACUUCAGUCUGUAGUUCGAAUUUUCUUUAUUCUUGUAUCGAUAAUUGAGAUCUAUGGACUUGUUAGGACGUGUUUAAUGAGAGGAAAACAGAAAGUUUCAAAAAACUGAAAGGAAGCUGAAACCACAUAAAGCAUUGAGAGGGUCAUGACUUUGAUAUGUAUGAUAUUCAUGUUUCCUUAUUUAAGGCCAAUAACCUGUGUUAAAACCACUUCUGAAACUGCUUUCAACUGAACUAGAAUGUCAACUUCAUUCAUGAUCAAAAGUUUCAUCAGUUGCGCAAUAUAUUAUUUAAUAUUAUCAAGUGUUUUAUAUAUAUAUACACAUACACACAUGCAUACAUACAUAAUUCUUCCUGAACUCACUAUCUUUUUAUCUUUAGUCACUAACGAAUAUGGUCUGGUUUCUGGAUAUCUAGCUUGGAAAUAUCUUAUAGUUGCUCUGCAGUUUGUUUCAAAGAAGUUUUGUCUAUAAAAAAGUGCUUACCCACAAAUGCUCCUUUAGAAAUACCUUUUAGGUGCUGACCAACACCGCUUCCCUCAAGGAAAAAAAAUGUUUCUUGAAAACAUAUUAUAUACAUGUAGGCCACCUUUAUUGAAACAAAACAGCAUGUAAAGUUGUAACAAUCUCAAAUAAAGCCACCCUAAGUAAAGUAACGAGUUGAGUUGGCACCCUCCCUUGACCCUCCUGGGCACCAAUAAUCUCAAAAACAUUUUUAAAGGCCAUUAAUCCUCUGUAUGGCAAAUCUUUUUUUUGGGGGGGGGGUUCACAGAUUUUACUUAUUUUUAUUGAAUUGGAUUGAAUAUUGUCAUUCAACCACAGAACAUGGGGAAAAACACCAAAUUCAUCACCUGAUAAUCUUUUGUGGAAACCCUGAACAUAUUUCAAUUGAAAUUAGAAUUGAUGUUGUAUUUUGCAACAACUAUAAUUAAGGUGAUAUUUAUUUCGCUUGUAAUUUUCUCGUUAAUAUCAAUUAGGAAACAAGGGUUCUAAAGAACUUUGUGUAAAAUUCUGAGGAAGAGAAGAGAAAUAUUUUUGGGUACCGUAGUUACUUUUUAAACAGUUAUGAGUAAAACAAACGAAAGGGAACUUGUGAUGUUAAUUAAAGGAGUUGGUAUUGGUUUCAUCACAUUGGCAGCCAUCUUGACAGAAAUGGAUGCAAUUGAAGAUUUUAAUCAUGUGAUUGAUUUUUAGGACAAAUUUUUGGAAUUGUUGGAAAUGUAGGUAUGGUCUUUUACUUUCCUUUGUCUUGAGUAUCAGAUUCUGGUUCGAACAUGUUUAUAAAACUGUGGAUAACCCGUUCUUCUAGCACAAAUGCUUCAUAGGUGACCUAAUCAUCUAUUUAUAUAUAUUUCAGGGGAUUUUCAUGACAUCACCCAUAUCUUGUACUAUGACCUCUUCUAUAUCAGAGACUCAUCGUUAUUAUAGCAGGUUUAUAAAUGGUGGAUUUCAAUGUUAUUGAUGUAUAUGAACCGUGAGGCUAAUAGACUCGCUGUGGUAUGACAUGUUGAAUAGCGCAGUAGGGGAAUCCCAGAACAUUAUGACGUGGCUUGGCAAACUCGGUUAUUGAUCGAAGCCGACUCACCGAUGACGACUUGUCUGGAUUUCUAUCUACUUUAUUCAGCUGGACAUUCCGUACACCUUGUCUUUAAGCCAAUAGAUUCUUUUAUGAGAGAUGUUGUGGGACUUUAUAUUGAAUAAUUCUAUUGCACAAUAAUUUUUAUGUACAUGUAGUAAUAAAAUUUGGUUCCGCAGCUUGUUUAUUUUCACUA